GUUACAGUAAUACCCUCAUCCCUCGAUGUGCAAAAGUUAAAUGUUAUGAAGCUCGUAAAACAGAGAGCCUCGUGUUCCUCGUACCCAAUCCUCACCACCACAGGCCCACAGACUCUCUGAUAAAGCAGACUUUCCCGCCAAAAAACAAAACAUGCUUCUUACCACUCACCUCUCUUCACCUCCUCUAUGUUCUGUAUACACUCAGCCCCACAAAAGAGAAGAGAGAAAGAAAAAAGAGACCAAAGAUGAAUAGCUCGUCGAAGGUGAUAAUGGCGGCCACUAUGGUUAUGGUAGUGAGCUUGGUAAUGGUUCUAAGCUUAGUGUUAGUACUACUAGCCGAACUCUACUGCUCUCUCUUACUCGGCCGCCGCCGCCGCCGUAAUCACUCCCUCACCCUCCCCACCACCACAAUCACCGCCGCUGCAAACACCACAAGUCUCGCUCAAGCCAUUUCAACAUGCAACGACCCUUCACCAUCUAACACCAAUCCUCUAACCACAGGCGGCCUUCAAACUCCAAACCCUUUUCUCACAACCAACAAAACCUGCCUUCAUCAUGAGUCUUCAUCCUUACCAGCUUCCCCUGCACCCGUUGAUAACUUCAUCUACAUAUCCAACCCAAUGUACUCGAACGACGCUACAAGUAAACCAACCACGCCUUUCGAGACCCCUGAGUCUUCACCGUCCAGGCUCGAGACCGGAGACUCCUCUUCUUCUUCUUCCGGCGAGGAAGAAAACGAUGUAACGCCGACGUUGACUCCAAUGAAGGAUCUUCCUGAAAAGGCAUGCUCUGUUUCUCUACAAGACAAUGCGAGGUCGUUGGAGAGUUCAGCUAGUGAAUCCAACAACGAGAAGGACAAAGACGGUGGCUUGUCUACGUCGUCUGGUUCGCCGUCGUAUACUUCUCCGUCGUGGUAGUGUGUUUGUUUAUUAGUUUAAUUAAUGAGAUGAUUCAUGUUUGUUUUUUUUUAUAAUUGAAAUUUUUGGACUUUGUCUUGGAAUGUGUAUGACAUAUUAUGGCGCGACGACCCAAGCCACGCUUGUUUUUA